AUGGAGGAUUCUGGCCAAGAGGUAGCAGCACCUUUGCCAAAAGACAAAAAGGAAGUUGCAGAAAAGUUGUAUGGAAAGCAAAGUUCAGAAGAAAAACCAUUAACGGAGGAGCUGGAGAAUUGCUCUGGUUUACCAUGUGCAGAUAUCAAUGUCUUAUUGGACGCAGAUAAUUGUCAUGAAAAAGAAAUGUGUUCAAGGUAUGGCAAAACACUCCAAGGUGAAUCUGGAUUAGGUGGCUGUUGCCAAAGCCCUGCUGGAGAGAAACAAGAUGAAAGCAGGCAAUGCUCCGGAAGGAAUUUUCCUCCUCCUCCUCUACGUGAAAGAAUAGUAGAAGGGAAACCAUACAAUUGUACAAAGUGUGCAGAAAGCUUCAGUACAAGCUGUUCCCUUGCAUUGCAUAAAAAGAUUCACAAAGCAGAGGAUCCACACAAAUGUCUGGAUUGUGGAAGGACCUUCAGUCAGAAAAGUGAUCUUAAUUCACAUAAGAAGGGCCACGAAGAGAGGAAGCAACAUCGGUAUGUUGAUAGGGAAAAAAGCUUCGGAAGCAGUGCCUCCCGUACUUCCCAUCAAAACCUCUACAGAGAGGAGAGGUUGCAUCAACUCAGGGAGGGUAGAACGAGGAUUACUCAGAGCAAGGAACCAAAUUCCUGGAAAAAAAGCCCCACUGGGAAGAAAUCAUAUAAAUGCCUUGAAUGUGGGAAGAGCUUCCGCUCUGCAAGUGACCUCACUUGCCAUAAUAGGACCCAUACAGGGGAAAAGCCAUAUCACUGCAUGGUGUGUGGAAAGAGCUUCAGUAAUAAAAGUCAACUUAAGUCACACGAGAGGAUCCACACGGGAGAAAAACCAUUUCAAUGCAUGGAGUGUGGAAAGAGCUUCCGUCUCUCUGAACACCUUACUGACCAUCACAGAAUCCACACAGGGGAGAAACCCUUUAAAUGCCUGGAGUGCAGAAAGAGCUUCAGUCAAAAAGGUCAUCUUAAGUCACACGAGAGGAUCCACAUGGGAGAAAAAUCCUUUCAAUGCCUGGA